CUUCUCGAAUGUGACCUCUGCUCCUCGCUUUGCUCGUCCAUGCAUGCAUCUGCAAGCUCUGAGCGUGACCGACUUCGCUCGUGAUCCCAAGUUACCGGCCAUGUACUCAAACUCACGCAAUUCGUCAGCAGUUUAAGUAGUCACGAGUCACGAGUGCUAGUGAGUAGCCUUGCUGUCCACAACUUGCAGAAUCAAAGCCGUGAAGGGGAGCAUCACCUCCAUUCUUGAUUCACAAAGAGCAGUCUUGCUUGUUAACACCAUUCGCGACAUUGAGGAAGCGGACUGAACCGAUCACACUUCGGCAUCUCGAGCGAGUUCAGCAUCCAAGGCAAGCUGGCCUUUCCAGCAUAGCGUCGAGCGCUAGGCCCCGAACAGUCGUAGCGUUGCCUGGCUUCACUCGCGCUGGUGAUGUCGUUCUUUGGCUUCGACACGACUCUGCCAGGCAAAGUGUCGGGUGCUGGCGAAACUGGUCUGGAGGGCAAGUUUCGGAAUACAUCGUUGGGCGCUGGAGCGAGGGAAGAUGUAGAGAUUUACACGUGGGGUCAGGAUGGCAAUGAUGGGCUCGGAGAUCUGCUCGAAGAGGAAGGAGAUGAUUUCAACGACGACACCUUUGGCUUUGGUGGAGCUGGUGGAGACGUCGGCACGGACUUUGACUUUGCGGGUCAGACCGCAAAACAAGGAGCAGCUCAGAGCUCCUUUCCCCAGCAGCAAAGCAAGCCCGCCGGAGAUGCACGCUUCGUCAGCACUUUGGAUGAUUUCUGGGGAUUGCCAAGCGCCCCCGUCGGCGCAGCUUUUGGCCAACCUGCUCCUCCUGCUAUUCAGGAACCACCUCAGGUCCAGGGUUAUCAGCCCCCACCGCCGGCAGCACCUCAAACGGCCAGCAAACCUCCUCCUCGCACCAUGGAUGAAGUAGAAGCUGAAAUGCGCGCUGCUGCUCAAGCCAGAGCUGCUGCUGCCGCCCAACAGCAAUCUCAGCCGAGCGCUCCAUCCUCAGCACCUGCUUCUCAGCCUGGCCGUCCGCUGACCCUGGAAGAAGUCGAAGCUCAAAUGCGUGCUCGUCAGCAGCAGCAGCAGCAACAGCAACACCCCUCACAGCCUGUGCCUGGUCUGGAAGCUCCUCAAGUGCAGCCGGCGUCUCAGCUACCUCCCGCAUUUCCCAGCUUGGAGGCACCUCAACCUGGUGCUGUGCCACAGCUUCCUGCGGGCUUCGGAUUGGGUCCAGCUCACUUUCCUCCACUGGGCGCCACUGGUCCUCGUCUGGACACAGCUGGACCUCGAUCAGGUACGCCAGGUAUUAGCGGGCGUGGACGAGAUGGCAUGCCACCCGCAGCGGCUGCUAUGCACAACGCGGCCCAGAACAAUGCCGCUGCCAAACAAGCCCAUAUGGCCCAUCUCAAAGCCUUAUUGGACGCUCUUCCUGCCCCUGUCAGGGAAGGCGUGCUUCGGUUGCCACCACACGCCCAAUUUGCCAGUCUGGAAGGCGUCGCCCACCAGUUCCCUGGACUUUUGAGACCCGAAGAAGCUCCGAAUGUUAUAGGAGCCGCGCUGGCUAAGCUGUCAGAGGUCGAGCAACAUGAAACGCGCUUGGCUCGCAGAGCGAUGAAGAUUCAAGCCAUGUCGCACUACAACAACCUCAUGACCAUCUCCGACAAAGACUUCAUCACGCGCAUUCAAGUAUCGACACUGGUCACGCAGGAUCCUUAUGCAGAUGACUUUUACGCUCACAUCUACUUUCAGCUGCGGGGAGGUGGGCCUGCUCAGAGUGCUGCUAACGGCGCUCCAAGUGGACAGGCUCAGGCUGGUGGCAGGGCACCACCCAAGGGUCCGGCAAAAGGACGCAAAGGCAAGAGCGCACGUGAUCAAGCCAUGUCGCGGAUGCAAGCACAAGUGGAAAGGAUUGUUCAGAACCGCAAAGAGAGAUCGGAAAAGGCAGCUGCUGGAGCGGCUCUCGAAGGCGCGCUGGGUCGUGUAGGCCCAAGCACGACCAAAGCGCCUCGGCAGAUGCUGCAGGUCGAUGCUCGAUCUGCUACGCCCAAGCCGGAUGGCGCUUCGGGCAGCACCCAAGCUCAGGAUGCGGUCAGAGCUGCUCUGCAGGGAACUAGCUUAGCUCACGAGACCAUCCUGCCUGACGGUAUGCAACCUGCGCUUGGCAAACACGUCGUCCUGGGCAUCCUCGAGAAGCUGUACGAGAUCGUCCUAUCCCUGGAGCAGAUGCGCAGAUCUGCUCCCAGCCCUCCAUCCGGACCGACUGAAGAGCCCUCAUCGGACUACCUUGCAUGGCAACAACAACAGAGUCAAUUGGUGUCAACGCUCUGGUCGGAACUUCGAGUCUUGGAGCCUCUGCAGGUCUCUGAUCCUCAUCCUUUCAUCAGCUUGAUGUCGACCAUCAAAGGCAAACGUCUGCUGCCUCGCGCACUGCGACAUUUGACUCAAGAGCAGGUGCUCACAGCUCUCACUCUGAUAGUGGCUACCUUUUCUCAAUUAGACAUUGUCAGGCAAGGCUCAGCGCUGGAUGUGCCGCUCGAAGGGGGCGCCAAUGUUUCACGAGAGAAUAGAAGAGAAGCAGCCAGACAGACUGAAGCCUUCUCCACGAGCGUUGUCCCUGCUAUGCUCAGUCUGAUGGCCGGUGCAAGCAUGCGGAUAGUCAGCGGAAUGCUGGCGCUCUUCGUAGAGAGAAAUGACUUGAUCAGCGUGGCGAAGACCCGGCCUGGAAUCGCCUUCCUCACCAUCUUCCUCUCUAGGGCCGAAACUUUGCGCCAGGGAGGAGCAGCAGUGUCUGACGUGGAAGCACCCUCGGCGGACGAAUUAGAGCAAUGGACGGAAAUCUUUGGUCUGCUCUUCCGCAAGCUGACUUCGCGUUCUGGCGAGCUGGCUAGCCUUUUCCCCUCCAGCCGAGCGCGCAACGCGAUUCCAUUCGGAAGCGCCUAUUACGAAGGGGCUUCUGCGCCUGGCGGAAGUGUGAGCUUGGGCAAGGAGAGGAACAUCGACAGCGAAGAUGAACCAGUCUGGAACCUCAUGGCUGCCCUCGCUGUCAGUUCGGCUACGGAGCAGCAGCACGUGCUCGUGCAGGAACUCAGAGAGAAGAUAUUGGAAAACGUCUUUGCGGCAAGAGAAUGGGCGGAGAGAAGAGGCAACUCGGAAUCGGAUGCUGAUCUGAGAAUCAGAAAUGUCAACUUGCUCGUGAGUAGACUCUCGAGGUGUCUUUGGCAAAGCUUUGCUCCAUUUGCGCCUCUGACGUUCUCUUCGUGUCCCUAUCUUCAGCUCCACGCUCUCAACCUGGACGCGGCUCAAAUCACCGUCUGAUACAGCAGCGAAAAUCGCUGUAGUCUCUCUGGUCGCACGUCCAGUACAGAAGCUACUAGCCAUAUCUCGCCAUUGCUCAAGACUUGUUCCUCAAUGCAAGCAAAUGUUAGAGAAUCAAGUGUUGCUCUCGUGAAAAUUGAUGAAUGCAUGUUUCGUCUGCUGGC